AACCCCUCACAUAAACCCUAGUAGGAAACAGCAAACAGAGACUAAGCAUAACCAAUCUGAGAAGAAGAACCCUAACCCCAAGCAGAAGCAAAAACAAACCAGAGAGAGAGAAUGAGGAAGAAAGUUGAUGAGCGCAUCAGAACCCUGAUCGAAAAUGGCGUCAAAACCCGCCAUCGCUCCAUCUUCGUCAUCAUCGGUGACAAGUCCCGCGACCAGAUUGUUAAUCUCCAUUACAUGUUAAGCAAGGCAGUGGUUAGAUCAAGACCAUCUGUUUUGUGGUGCUACAAGGACAAACUUGAACUCAGCAGUCAUAAGAAAAAGCGUGCAAAGCAGAUAAAAAAGCUAAUGCAAAGGGGGCUGCUGGAUCCUGAGAAGGUGGAUCCAUUUUCGCUUUUUGUUGAAAGUGGGGGAUUAACUUAUUGCUUGUACAAGGAUUCAGAAAGAAUUCUUGGUAAUACUUUUGGGAUGUGUAUACUUCAGGAUUUUGAAGCUUUGACACCAAAUCUACUUGCAAGAACAAUUGAGACAGUAGAGGGUGGUGGGUUAAUUGUAUUGCUGCUUCGGUCUCUGUCCUCACUGACCAAUCUGUACACUAUGUUCAUGGAUGUUCACGAUAGAUUUCGAACUGAAUCCCAUUCUGAGGCUGCUGGACGCUUUAAUGAGCGUUUCUUGUUAUCACUUGCAUCAUGUAAAGCAUGUGUGGUCAUGGAUGAUGAACUGAAUAUUUUACCAAUUUCGUCUCAUAUAAGGUCAAUUACACCAGUUCCAGUUAAAGAGGACUCUGAAGGGCUUUCAGAGGCAGAAAAAGACCUGAAAAAUCUCAAAGAACAACUAAUUGAUGAUUUUCCCGUUGGUCCUUUGAUAAGGAAGUGUUGUACGUUGGACCAGGGAAAAGCUGUGGUUACCUUUCUAGAUGCAGUUUUGGACAAGACACUUCGCAGUACAGUCGCCUUGCUAGCUGCUCGUGGCCGUGGGAAAUCUGCCGCACUUGGUUUAGCAAUUGCUGGAGCUAUUGCUGCAGGGUAUUCUAAUAUCUUUGUAACUGCACCCAGUCCUGAAAACUUGAAAACCUUGUUUGAAUUUGUUUGCAAGGGUUUUGAUGCUCUUGAAUAUAAGGAACAUUUAGAUUUUGAUGUGGUGAAAAGUAAUAAUCCUGAAUUCAAGAAAGCAACUGUGCGGAUCAAUAUUUACAAGCAGCACAGACAAACAAUUCAGUAUAUACAGCCACAUGAGCACGAGAAGCUUUCUCAAGUUGAACUGCUAGUUGUUGAUGAAGCAGCAGCUAUUCCAUUGCCAGUUGUUAAGGCAUUACUUGGUCCUUAUUUGGUCUUCCUUUCAUCUACAGUAAAUGGCUAUGAAGGUACUGGUCGGUCUUUGUCACUAAAACUUCUGCAACAAUUGGAAGAGCAAAGCAGGGAGUCUGCUAAGACUGUGGAGGGCUCUCUUUCUGGUCGCAUUUUUAAAAAGAUAGAAUUGAGCGAAUCUAUCAGAUAUGCUUCUGGGGACCCAAUUGAAUCCUGGCUUCAUGCUUUACUUUGCUUGGAUGUUACAAGUUCCAUCCCUCAUAUUAGCAGGAUACCCCCACCCAGUGAGUGUGAUCUCUACUACGUUAAUCGUGAUACACUUUUUUCCUAUUACAAAGAGAGUGAGUUGUUUUUGCAGCGUAUGAUGGCCCUUUAUGUUGCUUCUCACUACAAAAACUCUCCAAAUGAUUUACAAUUAAUGGCAGAUGCUCCAGCCCACCACUUGUUUGUGUUACUUGGUCCUGUUGAUGAGUCAAAGAAUCAACUUCCUGAUAUUUUGUGCGUGAUCCAGGUCUGUCUUGAGGGACAAAUUUCUCGUAAAUCUGCGAUUAAAAGUCUUAGUGAUGGUUAUCAACCUUCUGGAGACCAAAUACCAUGGAAAUUCUGUGAGCAAUUCCAGGAUACCGUUUUCCCUGGUCUAUCAGGAGCUCGCAUUGUACGCAUUGCUACCCAUCCAGGUGUCAUGAGGUCUGGAUAUGGUUCACAAGCUGUGGAACUUUUAGCAAGGUACUUUGAAGGGCAGCUUACUCCUAUUUCUGAAGUGGAUGUCGAAAAUGUUACUGAGACUCCACAUGUCAGAGUUACUGAAGCUGCAGAGAAGGCUUCAUUGCUAGAAGAAAAUUUAAAACCUAGAACUAAUCUUCCCCCUUUGCUAGUUCAUGUUCGUGAAAGGAAACCUGAAAAGCUACAUUUCAUUGGUGUAUCCUUUGGGCUUACCCUGGACCUUUUCCGCUUUUGGAGGAAACAUAGAUUUGCUCCAUUCUACAUUGGCCAGAUUCCAAGUACUGUGACUGGUGAGCAUACAUGUAUGGUUAUUAAACCUUUGAACAAUGAUGAUAUUGAAGAUAGUGGAUCGGAUCAAUGGGGCUUUUUUGGUCCAUUUUACCAAGAUUUCAGGCGAAGAUUUACUAGAUUAUUGCAUCUUAGUUUUCGUGAAAUGGAGUAUAAGCUUGCCAUGAGCAUCCUGGAUCCAAAGAUCAAUUUCAUGGAGCUGGAAUCUACACUUUCCACAUCAAAUGGAUUUUUGAGUUCGUUUAAAGAAUUGUUGUCACCACAUGAUAUGAAGCGACUGGAAGCUUAUACCAACAAUCUUGCUGGAUUUCAUUUGAUUUUUGAUCUUGUUCCAAUUCUUGCACAUCUAUAUUUCGAAGGGAAACUUCCAGUUACAUUGUCAUAUGCACAGGCCUCUGUUUUGCUCUGCAUUGGCUUGCAAGGCCAUAGCUUUUCUUAUCUUGAGGGACAGAUGAAGCUAGAAAGAGAACAGAUAAUGUCACUGUUUAUUAAAGUUAUGAAAAAGUUCUACAAAUAUUUGUACGGUAUUUCUUCCAAAGAGAUUGAGUCAACCCUGCCUCGACUAAAAGAAAUUGUGAUGGAACCUCACAGUAUCUCUGUGGACGAGGAUCUCAAGAAUGCAGCAAAGCAAGUUGAGGAUGAGAUGAAAUCCAAGAUGGAGGGUUCAUUGAAUCCUGAGUUACUGCAACAGUAUGCCAUUGUGGACAGAGAUGCUGAUUUUGAGAAUGCUUUGCAAAUUGGAGGUAAAGUACCGUCGGGUGGUCUUGUUAGUGUGAAAUCCGGUAGAAAUAAAAUUGAGAAGCAUGGACAUCAGAAAGAAAGUCAUAAGAGUGGGAAAAAGAGAAGUAAGGAUGAUCAUGGUUCCAAAUCAAACAAAAAGAAGAAAUCAUAAUUAUAUUGACUCGAGAAAUAUCAAGAUGAAAGCAGAUUGUCAUGGACUGCCUAUGGAGGCAGCUGUAGAGGGACCCCUUUUUACUAAUGAUCAUGAACAAUUAAAUCAUUGCUGUACUUAUCUCUUCAAGUGUAGUAGCAUGUUAGCAAUUUAGUAUAUGGUCAUGCUCAACUUUGACAUAGGAGCAAAGUCAUAGGCCCACAAACUGUAAUCUGUUUCAUUUUACUUGAAAAAUUUUGACAUUGUAAUUUACAUUUUUUUUGUAAUAAUUAUUUUUUAAGUUUUUCCGA